AUGGCUUCCUCAGACAAGAAUGAUACGGCCGUUGAGUCCAUUGAGGAUGACGAGGCCUCCGAGGUGACUCAUUCAGGGGCUGUUGAGUCUGCAACGGCCGAGUCAACUGCUCAACCCCCCCAAGGGCGUAAAGUUUCCAACAAGACUGAGCAAGCCACUACAGAAGCUCCAAAAGCAGCUCGACCUCCCCAAUCGCCCCGGACUUUACAACCGCGAGUUUCUCAGUCUCCUCGAACGGGUGGACGACCUCUAGCUCCGGCUCAGGUUCAACAUGCUCAGAUGGUGCAGCAGCAGCAGUCUCCUCGGGCUGCUCAGCCUCCGUAUCCUCAGAUGCCCCAGUCUCCUUAUCACCAGAUGCCACAGUCUCCUCACCAGAUGCCGCCAACUCCGCACAUGGCUCAGCAUCCUCAUAUGGGAUAUCCUCAUCCUCAUCAGGUUCCGCAUUCACCUUAUAUGGCUCAGUCGCCUCAUCAGAUGCCUCAGUCUCCGUAUCAAAUGCCACAUAGUCCUCACCCUCACAUGCCACAAUCGCCUCAUCCGCAAAUGGCACAAUCUCCGCAUCCCCAUAUACCACAAAGUCCGCAUCCGCAAAUGGCACAGAGUCCUCAUCCUCAGAUACCGCCAUCCCCAUACAUGGCACACCCUCACUAUGCUCUUCAACCGGGGCUUGCACCCCCUCAAAGCCCCCUUCUCACACCCCAAGGAACUCGUAUCAUGACACCCCAGCAAUCUCCUCUCUUUACACCACUAGCCACACCCCGAUUCACACCAACGCCAACCCCAGGACCUCAAUCCGCUGCUCCAACGCCUGCACCGGCAGCUACCCCAGCUCCCUCAUCCGUCGCCUCAACACCCGCACCAUCUUCCGUAGCAUCUACUCCAGCACCAAAAUCUUCCUCCAGAGGCCAAGUAACACAUGACAUGGGACCUCCGCCCAAGAAGAAGAGAGGACCGAAGCCAAAGCCGUUGUCAGAACGUAAAAUGCUACGGACUACACCGAUUGUGCGAAAGGAGGCUAGUUAUUCGAAGAGGAAGAAGGAGGAGGUUAUUACGUGGAUGCUUCAUACUCGUGUUGAUCGGAGAGGAGAAAUGGUACCGCCUUCUACGACGGAUGCGGAGAAUCACUUUCAGAUUCCGAGGAGUACUAUUGCUGGGUGGAAGAAAACGUAG